CGUGCGGCUCGGCGGCGCGCCAAUGCCCACCAACUUCACCGUGGUGCCGGUGGAGGCGCAGGGCGGGGAGCGGGACUCGGCGGAGCGGGAUGCGUGGCGACAGGAGGAGGAGGAGGAGGACAACAGGGACCGGAGCUGCGGAGAUGGUGUUUCUAGGGAAAGUAGUCCGUUUAUUAACAGUGCAGAGAUGGACAGAGGAAACAUGUACGAAGGUAAAAAUAUGGCUCUCUUUGAGGAGGAAAUGGAUAGCAAUCCAAUGGUGUCAUCUCUUCUUAACAAACUAGCAAACUACACAAAUGUGACUCAAGGUGUGGUGGAACAUGAAGCAGAUGAAGAUAGCAAGCGAAAGGAAGUCAAGGUUCCACGAAUGGGCACAUUUAUUGGUGUGUAUCUCCCUUGCUUGCAAAACAUCUUGGGAGUUAUUCUUUUCCUGCGUUUGACAUGGAUUGUAGGAACAGCUGGAGUUCUUGAGUCUUUCAUCAUUGUUUUCAUGUGCUGUGCUUGUACUAUGCUAACUGCAAUUUCAAUGAGUGCAAUAGCAACAAACGGUGUGGUUCCAGCUGGAGGCUCCUAUUACAUGAUUUCAAGAUCUUUAGGACCAGAGUUUGGUGGAGCAGUGGGACUUUGUUUUUACCUGGGUACAACCUUUGCAGGAGCCAUGUACAUUCUUGGUACCAUUGAAAUCUUAUUGACUUACAUUUCUCCAAGUGCCGCCAUAUUUAAAGCAGAAGAGGUUGGUGAAGAAACAGAGGCCAUGCUGAACAACAUGAGAGUUUAUGGAACGUGUAUUAUCAUUCUGAUGGCCAUAGUAGUUUUUGUGGGAGUCAAGUAUGUCAACAAACUUGCACUAGUCUUCCUUGCCUGUGUGAUUCUAUCCAUCAUUGCCAUAUAUGCUGGAGUUAUUAAGACUGCUAUUGACCCACCCGACUUUCCCAUCUGUCUUCUUGGAAACCGUACCUUGUCAAAGCGCAGCUUUGAUGUCUGUGCCAAAUUUACUGAAAGGAAUAAUGAAACAAAGACCACAAACUUGUGGCUGCUCUUCUGCAAUAGUUCUUUGCCUACUGCUAUGUGUGAUGACUACUUCAGCCUCAAUAAUGUAACAGAAAUUCAAGGGAUUCCAGGAAUACUGAGUGGAGUUCUAAUUGAUAACCUGUGGAGCACCUAUUCGGAGAAAGGAUCAAUAGUUGAGAAAAAAAGUCAGCCAUCAAUUUCUGGAUCAGAAGACAUAAAAAUUGGUGGACGCCCUUAUGUUUUCACAGACAUCAUGACCUACUUCACAGUGCUUGUAGGGAUUUAUUUCCCAUCUGUAACAGGUAUUAUGGCAGGUUCAAACAGAUCAGGUGAUCUUAAGGAUGCUCAGAAAUCUAUUCCUACUGGAACAAUUUUAGCUAUUUCAACUACUUCUUUUAUUUAUCUUUCUUGCAUAGUGUUGUUUGGUGCCUGUAUAGAAGGUGUGGUAUUAAGAGAUAAGUUUGGUGAAGCAGUUGAUGGAAACCUAGUGGUUGGUACACUGGCCUGGCCUUCUCCAUGGGUUAUUGUGAUUGGUUCAUUCUUUUCAACAUGUGGUGCUGGUCUCCAAAGUCUGACUGGUGCACCCCGUCUGUUGCAAGCCAUUGCAAGAGAUGGCAUUGUACCAUUUAUUCAAGUAUUUGGACAUGGAAAGGCGAAUGGAGAACCAACAUGGGCUCUGCUCCUCACUGCUGCUAUUUGUGAAAUAGGAAUUCUGAUAGCUUCUUUGGACAAUGUUGCACCCAUUCUUUCAAUGUUUUUCCUGAUGUGCUAUAUGUUUGUAAAUCUGGCUUGUGCAGUUCAAACGCUCUUACGAACUCCCAACUGGAGACCUCGUUUCAAGUAUUACCACUGGACUCUUUCAUUCCUGGGAAUGAGUUUAUGUCUUGCCUUGAUGUUCAUUUGCUCUUGGUACUAUGCUUUGAUUGCCAUGCUAAUCGCAGGAUGUAUAUACAAAUACAUAGAAUAUAGAGGAGCGGAAAAAGAGUGGGGUGAUGGAAUACGAGGACUCUCUUUGAAUGCAGCUCGCUAUGCUUUGCUUCGUGUUGAAGAUGGUCCUCCUCACACCAAAAACUGGAGACCUCAACUUUUGGUCUUGUUAAAUUUGGAUUGUGAACAGUUGGUGAAGCAUCCGCGAUUGCUUUCUUUCACUUCUCAGCUGAAAGCUGGUAAAGGGCUGACUAUUGUGGGAUCUGUGCUUCAAGGAACCUACUUGGAUAGAUGUGUAGAAACUCAGAAAGCCGAAGAGAAUGUUAAAGCUUUAAUGGGAGUCGAAAAGACUAAAGGAUUUUGCCAGAUUGUGGUAUCUCCUAGUUUCAGAGAUGGAAUAUCACAUUUAAUUCAGUCAGCUGGCCUAGGAGGAAUGAAACACAAUACAGUUUUGAUGGCAUGGCCACAGUCCUGGAAGCAGACAGAAAAUCACUUCUCUUGGAAAAAUUUUGUUGACACUGUACGAGAAACAACAGCAGCUCAGCAAGCUUUAUUGGUGGCUAAAAACAUCGACUUGUUUCCAACAAAUCAAGAACGUUUUACUGAAGGAAACAUAGACAUCUGGUGGAUUGUUCAUGAUGGUGGAAUGUUGAUGUUGCUGCCUUUUCUUCUUCGUCAACACAAGGUUUGGAGAAAAUGUAAGAUGCGUAUCUUCACGGUUGCUCAAAUGGAUGAUAACAGCAUCCAAAUGAAGAAAGAUCUUCAGAUGUUCUUGUACCAUCUUCGCCUCAAUGCUGAAGUGGAAGUUGUUGAAAUGUUUGAAAAUGAUAUUUCUGCAUUCACAUAUGAGAAGACACUAAUGAUGGAACAGCGAUCCCAGAUGCUAAAACAGAUGCAGCUAUCAAAAAAUGAAAGGGAAAGAGAGGCUCAGUUGAUCCAUGACAGAAACACAGCCUCACGCUCAGCUCCAGCUGUCAAAGCAAGUGUGGCUGCUGCCAUGCCAGAAAAAGUGCAAAUGACCUGGACUAAAGAGAAGUUUGUAGCUGAAAAACAUAAAAACAAAGACACAAAUGUGUCAGGUUUUAAGGAUAUUUUCAGCAUGAAGCCGAAUCAGUCAAAUGUGAGAAGAAUGCACACUGCUGUGAAGCUCAAUGGAGUGGUGCUUAAUAAAUCACAACAUGCUCAGCUAGUUCUCCUGAAUAUGCCUGGACCUCCUAAAAACAGAAAAGGAGAUGAAAACUACAUGGAGUUUUUGGAAGUUCUAACAGAAGGCCUGGACAGAGUUCUCCUAGUCCGAGGCAGUGGACGUGAAGUCAUCACCAUUUAUUCUUAACCUUGGUUUUUUUCCUUUUUUUUUUUUUUUUUUUAAAUUUUCUUUCGAAUGAAGGGAACAAAAUGUAUAAAGUCUAUCUGAUGUAAUUGGAGCAGCUUCAUUUAAGAGCUUUAGCACAUGGAAAAAUGAAAAUCGAGGUGUGGUUGUUUUCCUGCUAAAAUGUUAUAUUUAAAAGUAUAUUUUGAAGACCUGUGAGAACACUUCUGUAGUGGGUUAGUAAAUCCUGACUGGAUUAGGAUGUGUAUAGUAUACCACGAUGUGUUAAUCUGUGCUGAAACAACAAAUCGUAAUGCUGUGUUAUUUUUAAACAUACAGAAAUAUAAGGAACUUCUGUUUUCUUUAUCUUUGUUCUGCUUCUAAAUAAAAGGGAAAGUUUGCUUCCUCACUUA